AUGGACACUCUCGAAAAUCUAAGCACCACGCCCUACCUGGCAGCGGCGAACUCGCUCAUGCUGCUUGCUACACCUGUGGUCUCUCCAGCAGUGGCAUCGCCCGUAAGCUCCACCGGACCAUCGAGCAUGAUGCGCUUUUUGUCGCGUCCCAAAUACGUGGGACCCUCGACCAAGACUGCGCUUUUGUUUGGCAGUGCACAAGCUUUGGGAUCCUGGAUUAUCUACGAUGGCGAUCUCGAAAGCGGGUCAGGGUUUCUGGGCGCCUGGUCUGCCCUGUAUCUGAUUGUUGGCGGACGAGGUUCUGUCAAGGCCCUUAGAUACGGCAGAGUAUGGCCAUUGACACUUUCUGCUAUGGCCGCUACAAGCACGGUCCUCUACACCAAGAAAUUCGUGGCUGGUGGGUUUAAAUAG